GCAGUGGCCCACAUGAGAAAAAAGUGGAAAAUGGGAGGCAUGAAAUACGUCUUUUCCUUGUUGUUCUUUCUUUUCCUAGAAGGAAGCAAAACAGAGCAAGUAAAACAUUCAGAGACCUAUUGUGUGUUUCAAGACAAGAAGUACAGAGUGGGUGAGAGAUGGCAUCCUUACCUGGAACCUUAUGGGUUGGUUUACUGCGUGAACUGCAUCUGCUCAGAGAAUGGGAAUGUGCUUUGCAGCCGAGUCAGAUGUCCAAACCUUCAUUGUCUCUCUCCUGUGCAUAUUCCUCAUCUGUGCUGCCCUCGCUGCCCAGAAGACUCCUUACCCCCAGUGAACAAUAAGGUGACCAGCAAGUCGUGUGAGUACAAUGGGACCACUUACCAACAUGGAGAGCUGUUCGUGGCUGAAGGGCUCUUUCAGAACCGGCAACCCAACCAAUGCACCCAGUGCAGCUGUUCGGAGGGGAAUGUGUACUGUGGUCUCAAGACUUGCCCCAAGUUAACCUGUGCAUUCCCAGUCUCUGUUCCGGAUUCCUGCUGCCGGGUGUGCAGAGGGGAUGGAGAACUGUCGUGGGAACAUUCUGAUGGUGAUAUCUUCCGGCAACCUGCCAACAGAGAAGCAAGACAUUCUUACCACCGCUCUCACUAUGAUCCUCCACCAAGCCGACAGGCUGGAGGUCUGCCCCGGUUUCCUGGGGCCAGAAGUCACCGGGGAGCUCUUAUGGAUUCCCAGCAAGCAUCAGGGACCAUUGUGCAAAUUGUCAUCAAUAACAAACACAAGCAUGGACAAGUGUGUGUUUCUAAUGGAAAGACCUAUUCCCAUGGCGAGUCCUGGCACCCAAAUCUCCGGGCAUUUGGCAUUGUGGAGUGUGUGCUAUGCACUUGUAAUGUCACCAAGCAAGAGUGUAAGAAAAUCCACUGCCCCAAUCGAUACCCCUGCAAGUAUCCUCAAAAAAUAGAUGGGAAGUGCUGCAAGGUGUGUCCAGGUAAAAAGGCAAAAGAAGAACUUCCAGGCCAAAGCUUUGACAGCAAAGGCUACUUUUGUGGAGAAGAAACGAUGCCGGUGUAUGAGUCUGUGUUCAUGGAGGAUGGCGAAACUACCAGAAAAAUAGCACUGGAGACUGAAAGACCACCUCAGGUAGAGGUUCACGUUUGGACCAUUCGAAAGGGCAUUCUCCAGCACUUCCAUAUUGAGAAGAUCUCCAAGAGGAUGUUUGAGGAGCUUCAUCACUUCAAGCUGGUGACCAGGACAACCCUGAGCCAGUGGAAGAUAUUCACCGAAGGAGAAGCUCAGAUCAGCCAGAUGUGUUCAAGUCGUGUGUGCAGAACAGAGCUUGAAGAUUUGGUCAAGGUUUUGUACCUGGAGAGAUCUGAAAAGGGCCACUGUUAG